ACACACCACUUCUACACGACAAGGAGGACAUUGUACAUAAAUUAAACAAUUAAACAACAACACACAUACACACCACUUCUACACGACAAGGAGGACAGUGUACAUAAAUUAAACAAUUAAACAACAACACACAUACACACCACUUCUACACGACAAGGAGGACAUUGUACAUAAAUUAAACAAUUAAACAACAACACACAUACACACCACUUCUACACGACAAGGAGGACAGUGUACAUAAAUUAAACAAUUAAACAACAACACACAUACACACCACUUCUACACGACAAGGAGGACAUUGUACAUUUGAAUAUAAUCCUUUACUUACACGGUAGAAUUUUGCAUUAUUAUAAAAACUAUUAAACCAAAUGAAUCUUAAUUAUCUGUAUCUUGACACAGAGAAAGUUAAAAACAAAAAGGCCACUAAUGAACACAUUUCAUUGUAUAUAUAUAUGAUAUUUAUUUACAUAGGGAAAGGGCGUCGAUAAUGAUCAUGUAACUUGUGUCAGCGUCAGCGUUCCCUAUUAAGGGCUGGUAAACUCACGUCAUUCCAAAUAUGGAAAAACAGUAGCCGAAAUAAGAUUUUUUGACACGAGUUUGAAAACCAAAGAAAAUGUCUGUUUUUGAGGAUGAUUUCACCGCUGUUGUCAUUGACAACGGAAGUGGAAUGUGUAAGGCGGGAUUUGCCGGAGAUGAUGCGCCACAUGCUGUAUUUCCCGCCAUUACUGGACGACCACAAUACGAUAUGAUAAUGCCGGGCAUGGGUAAUAAAGACUGUUAUAUUGGGGACGAGGCUCAGAACAAACGUGAGAUUCUGUCUCUAAAUUACCCGGUGGAACACGGUAUCGUCACCAACUGGGACGACAUGGAGAAGAUCUGGCAUCAUACCCUCUAUAACGAGCUGCGUGUGGCUCCCGAGGAACAUCCAGUCAUGUUGACAGAGGCGCCACUAAAUCCUAAGGCCAACAGAGAAAAAAUGAUACAGAUCAUGUUUGAGACAUUUAACACGCCCGCCUUCUACGUGGCGAUACAGGCUGUGCUGUCUUGGUACGCCUCCGGACGGACCACGGGCAUCGUGUUUGAUGCCGGGGAUGGCGUGUCACACGUUGUACCUAUAUACGAGGGCUACUCUCUCCCUCACGCCAUCAAACGUGUUGACCUGGCAGGUCGUGAUCUCACAGCCUACCUCCAGAGGAUCCUCCACGAGAGGGGAUACAACUUCAUAACAUCAGCGGAACAAGAGGUUGUUCGAGAUAUAAAAGAAAAAUUGUCCUACGUGGCAUUGGAUUUUGAAAGAGAAAUGGAUUCUGCAUCAAGCUCGUCAACAAUAGAGAAGACUUACGAGCUACCUGACGGCCAACUUAUCACUAUUGGUAACGAGAGGUUCCGGUGCCCGGAAGUACUCUUCCAGCCUUCACUCAUAGGAAUGGAAUCAGCAGGAAUUCACGAACUUCUCCACAAUUCAAUCAUGGCAUGCGAUGUCGACACUGCCUUUUACAUGGCGCUACCGGCUGUGCUGUCGCUGUACGCCUCCGGACGGACCACGGGGAUCGUGUUUGAUGCCGGGGAUGGCGUGUCACACGUGGUACCUAUAUACGAGGGCUACUCCCUCCCUCACGCCAUCAAACGUGUUAACCUGGCAGGUCGUGACCUCACAGCCUACCUCCAGAGGAUUCUCAAUGAAAGAGGAUACAACCUCACAACCUCAUCUGAAAUGGAGAUUGUCCAGGAUAUGAAGGAGAAGAUGGCCUAUGUAGCUUUAGACUUUGAGAGUGAAAUGAUAUCAGCAUCUACCGUGGAAAAGCCGUACAAAUUACCGGACGAUGGAGUUGUCACCAUUGGCAACGAAAGGUUUCGGUGUCCGGAAGUUUUCUUUCAACCAUCGUGUUUAGGAAUUGAAUCCAACGGAAUUCACAAACUGCUACAUAACUCAGCCAUGACUUGUGAUAUCGACAUCCGACGAGAACUCUUCAGCAAUGUCGUCCUGUCCGGCGGAAGUACUAUGUUUACAGGUAUGGCAGACCGAUUAAGGAAAGAGUUGCAUGGCAUUGUACCUGACGUUAUGAAAGUCAAGGUCAUCGCACCACAGGAUAGAAUAUAUUCCGCGUGGAUUGGUGGAUCUAUCCUGGGUUCCCUAUCCACAUUCCAACAAAUGUUGAUCUCAAAGCAGGAAUAUGGUGAAUGUGGACCAGGAAUUGUUCAUAGGAAGUGUUUUUGAAAAGAAAAUGUCAACAUUCAAGAAGAUGAGGAUUUCAAAACAGGACUAUGAAGAGUCCGGACCACGAAUUGUUCACCAAAGGUGCUCCUAUAGCUCAUACUCCCAUGCUCAAUAGGAUUGUUAUUGACUUAGUGUUUGUUCAGGAGGAGACAGCUUUUUAUCUCAAGGAUAAAUUGAAGAAAAAAACAGUUUCUUCCAUAUGUGAAUAGACAGGAGUUUUUCACUAUUUCUUAUGGAAGCUUUAUACC